UCUAUUCUUAUCAAAACUUAAUCUUUAUUAACUGUAAAUAAAUUAAAAUCUUGCUGAGUUAUGCAAUUGUAGACGAUCGAAUGCAAUAUUUGCUGAAUAGUUAUGAGUUUGACAAUAUGUAAACUUUUAUACUUACAUAUAGUAAUAUCUACUUGGAUACAAGUUACUUGCCUACAAUAAGGAAUACGUUAGGUAACGAAAAAAACAUUUUUUACUUUCAUAAGAAAAUUUUAAUCUCUACAGGGUGUCCCAAAAAACAGCCUUGUAUAUUAAAGUAACCAAAAUGCCUUUCUAUACAGAGCAGUAGGAUUUAUAUGAAAGGAAAUUUUGUGAAUUAAUGUGUAUUAUAAAUUUUUUUUAAUUUUUAGAUGAAAAAAGGGAGAAUGAAAUUAUGUAAAUAUGCUUUUGAUUUUAUAAGCAAUUUUGGUAAUCAUGUAUUGUGAAUAUUUUAGUAUAAUUCUCUUUAGCAAAUAUUACUAUAACAAAAGUAAAGGUUCUGUUAAUACAUUACCGACGGGUGAUUCGUUAGAUUUUUACUGUAUGUAAUUUUUUACUUAUUGACAUAUUAGUUUGUCACUAAACUAAUAACAAUAUAAUUAAUCUAGUCUCCUGUUGUUAGUGUAUUAAUGUAAUUAAUUAUGAUCUUGAUUUUUGUUAUAGAUUUAAGUGAAUAAUUUAGAAGUAUACGUUGUACUUUUUUUUCGCAAUCGUGUAGAAUCUGAUCUAAUUAUAAUUAGGAAAAAAUAUUAAUUUUAUAAUAUAUACAUAUGUAUUUAUCAAUUACAAAUUGCUUUUUCAUGUGCUUUCUAUAAACUUUACGUUGUGAGAUAUAAUGUUAAGAAUUUUAAUAAUUUAUUUAUACAUUAUCUGUAAUUAUUCACUAGUGGUUCUUUUAAUCCAAUGAUUUAGAAAUAUAAAUAACAAAUGACACAAAUUGUAUCAUUGCAUUUUAACUGCAUCCUUUUCUCUCUGUGUUACUACUGUACAAUAUUGUACAAAAGGCGUUUAAUUUUGGUAAUACCUUAUUUAUUUUUCAAUUAUUUAGCGUGACAAUGAAAUAUUGUAACGGUGAAAUAGUAAAAUUAUCAAUACAAUUGAUCAAUAAUUCUGUUUUUUUCUUUUGUUUUUCUUAAAUUUAAAUAAAUUUUAAGUUGCAGCAGUAAGCAACUGGAGGAUUUAGGACCUAUUUAGGUGGUUAGUCAUAUUUUUAUAGAUUCCCUGUUCGUCCCAACGCAAGGUGCAUAAUUGCAAAGGGUUUCAGUUUCAGCGUGGACAGAGCCGGAAACGGUAGUUUUCUAUUUUUCCCAACUUUGGCUGUUCAACGGAAACGAGCUACCUGGGCCCCGAUGUGUAAAGGGCGCGCGUACUGCAAAAGGAUUCCAGAUACAUACGCAGGGCGGACGUUUUAUUACAGUUUUCAUCCGCAGAUUAGCCCCUUUGGAAGCAUCGAUACUCGAUUCAGAAGCUUUUAUAGCACCCCCCAUAAAACUAAGCUAUUUGGUGUUUUCGACUGGACCGAACAACUCGGACAAAAAGGUAAAACAGGCACAAUUACCAUACCGGCUGUGCUCUCUGCAUGUGGACCUAAUCUCAUUUGGGGUGUCUGGGACCCCCUAAAUCGUGACCUCUCGAAAACAAAGUUUGAUUAUAAACGCACACGAAAUGCGAGACCAUUGGAGGUUCCACCAUUUGACUCCGCCUAAGAGGGUACAGAUGUUGGGAUACCUUUUGAUUCUUUAUAAAAGGGGUACUGGUGCAACAGCAGAGGAAUUUCCAUGGUGGGCAGUCCUAAGUUGGAGGCAUGCCCCGGGACAACCGGUUCGACCACUCUGGGAUGAAAAGGACACUCGU